GUCGUCUUCGGAUGAAAAUUAACCGAAGUUACACUGUUGUUCCCGUUUUUUUCGGUUUCAGCCGGUGGAUCUCUAUCUUUGGGUUAGUGGACGGUUGGAUUUGUCCGUCCUAGGGGGGAUUUUGGGUAAUUUUUGCCUGCUCUUAAGGGCAUCUUGGGGUAUCUGGAGGUGUGGCGUGACAAUUGGGAAGGCCGCUUCCCGGUGGGAGAUUCUAGUGGAAUGAAUUGAAGUGUACCUUUAAUUAGCGAGCAUAGAGUGGAGAUUUAAUUGGAAAAGUUAAACUUGUUCCUGAAUUCAUUGCGAAACAGACGAAAGUCGCGGGAAUGUUUCCUAGAACGCUUUUGCGAAAACUGUUGUGUCUUCUUCAAGAGAGAAAGUAAUUAACAGGGGCCAUUAUUGUCAAUUAAAGAUGUAGAAAGCAGAAUGGGAGCAGCGCAUUUGGAGGGAUUUGUCUACGUAAAAGCUACUUUCACUUGAUGGGAGUCCCGAUAUCUGUAUGUGACAGCAAAUUCCAAUUAAUUGAUAGCUUCAUUGGUGUGUUUCCCAUUGUUCCAGUGUACACCACUUUAUCGUGUUCGAUACCUGUUGUGGAAAUUAUUGCUGGCAGAUAAUAGUGAUAAAGUGAUUCAACAUACAGAAGUGCUACUUAUGUAUGAUUACAGACGGCCACUGAUAAGGAUCUGAAACCCAUACAAAUCCGGGGGCACAAAAUGGUGCCUUAGCGAGUAAUCACAAUCCCGCUUCAGAGCAGUAUGAAGGUAGUGGGUGGAAUCCUUACAAUAUAAUUAUUUCAUCAGCUGGUCUCAAUCGAUCCCGAACAAAAGGAAACCAGCUGAUUGAUUCACAUCCAAUUCACCAGCCUCGAAACCAUAACAUAAUCAUCGAAACCCUUGCUCUCAACAAGGAUCAAGAUAUCCAAAACUAGAAACAAGCGAUACCGACAGAGGUAGAUUGAAAGAAAACAACUGUGAAGUGAAACCUUUCUAUCAUCAUCGGUGUGUUUGGUCGUUGUCGUAGGGCGCCUUCAUCAACUUUGAAGCGUCUUCCUUGGUUCGUUUCUUUCGCUCAGAAGCCUCCAGGCAGAAUUCACCAAAAGCCGGAAAGUUUCGCCGUCUCCAAGAGUCAACUACCCGGAUCUCACUUAACAAUCGACGAACCGACCAAGUGGUAGUGCUCCUUCUUGAAUGAUGGGAAAAAUUAAGAAAUCAAAAAAGUAAAAUCUGAAACCCGACCAUAGCGACGUCGCCGUUCAUCGUCAUCGUCGUCGUCGUCGUGAGGUGGAAAGUUAUUGUGAAAGGCACGUGAAAGAAAACGGGUUAGUGUGAUACCUGUUCGUUUUACAAUGGAAAAAUAAAUUACAAAUAAAAAAUGAAAUAAAAAAUAAACCUCCGGUAAUUGUAACAGCUAGCUAGCUGGUACCGCCUCGCAGUAAUAACAGGUUCUCGAUCGACGAGUCGAAUACAAAAAUGGCGCCGUGGCCGCCAUCAAGAAACUUACUAGGAAAAGCUCGUCUGAUGAGCCGCUACCAGCUAGGAACAAGAAGAACAACUACAUCAACUUGAAGUGUGGAAUAGAUGCAAGUGAAUGAGUUUGAAAGAAGAAAAUCCGUGGUUGACAACAAUUCGGGAACGUCGUGAAUAGCUGGACCUCGAGCCGGAGAAAUUUUUCCGUUUAAGUUCUUGACUAGUUUUAAUAGUGUUGCAAAGUGUUGAGCUCCAGCACCCUGCUGGAAUAGCUUUAUUUCACCCGGUUUCAUCGGAAAACUUGAGCUGUUGGGAGCGCUUGGCUUAACAUUGACGGUGAAUAUCGUCGUGAUGUAAUUUUUACUUUUUCCUAAGUUAGUGAGUUUUUUUCCCAAAGUGGAAAUUGUUUUCAACCUGCCGAAGUGGUAGUUUGAAGAAAAAGAAAUGGAAGGUCGGUCCGCUGCCUUCGGUGUGUAGAUCAGCCUCCGGGUAGCAGCCACGUGGAGCAUUCAAUUAUUGAGAGGAAAAAAAAGUCAGCGGUGUAUAAAAAUGAAAAUCAGUGCAAAACAGAGGAAAAUUCGCAUUCGACGUACGCACAAAAAGAAGAAACUCCCGAUGGGAAAAAGCUUAGCUCCUCGAAUUUCCUAUCAGAUCAUCCGAGGUAGGGACGGGGUAAAGUCUCUCGGAAAGUGGUGCUAGAGGAAAGUUGGGGGUCCUUGGCAGAUGAAAAUUCUGCCAUUGAUGGCUACCGGCUAGAAUAAGACGAGUCUUGAAUGUCAGAGAAGAGAAGAUCUGCCAUUGGCUACAAGGUGAAUGGUGUUUUUUUUCUAGUCUAUCGUAUCAAAAGGUAUUCAUAUUGAAGUAACAGUGUCUGAAGAAAUGUUUUUACACGUAUUCUCGGAAGGAUUUCUUCAAUCUCGACCAAAGACUAUGAAAGUCAUCUACAGAGCGUUCAUUAGCAAGGGAAUUAUUGGCUUAUCACCGGUGACAACGACUAGUGAUUUCUGGGGACAUAGAUCUUUUUUCAUGGCUUCAUAAUUGAAAGGCGUCUUGUGUUUCCUUGGAAUCGCCCAAGAACAUCAUCGGAAAAGGACGCAACCAUCAAAACAAGAACAUCGACCAACGCUGGACGAAACGACCCAAAUAGUAAACAGAAAAAAGAGCACAAAUAUCGGAUUAUCAACGAAACACAACAAAAAGCGCAACAAACGUUUAAAAAGAAUUGGCGAAAAGGCGAGCAAAGUGUUGAGGGCAAUAAACAUCAACACACCCGAUGCUGCGAAUCUUGCUGCUGUUUCCUGUUUGCUUGGAGAAAUACCGAGAAGCUGAGCAUCAGCUGAGCAGCCUUCUAGAGUUUUAAGAUGCUCGCUUUUGCCGCUUUGUUAGCUGUACACGCAGGACUUGCUGGUUCGAUUCCAAGUGCACCGGAAAACAUAACCGUCACGUUCCUUACGCCAACUUCGGUUCGCGUUUCAUGGCAAACUUCGAUCGACGCACACACGAUGCCAGUGGAAAAGUAUGACGUCACCUACAAGCCCACGGACGCGAGUUACAGGGUUGUCGUAGUGGUGGCCGGCAAUCGAGAGGCCGUCACCCUCGGAGGACUUUCGCCCGAUACCCAGUACCAGCUGACGGUUGCCGCCGUUUGGAACGGCAAAAAGUACCGCAGCCGACCGAUCGUGUUCAGGACGCUCGAACCUCCCAGGACGUCGUUCCAGCAGGAUUCCGGUGCGCUCGCUGGCAACAGUGGGCCACCGAUUUCGCCACAUGCCGACACCUCGCCGUCGCUCAGCGGGUUCGGCCUCUUUCCCGAUGAGUUCGGCAACAUCUCGGUUAACUCGACCGCACGAGAACUUCCAACGAUCCGCGGCGUCGAGAUAGGAAUCGUAGUGUUAGUGUUAAUAGUGUGGGCCGGUGCUAUAGCUUUAUUUUUUAAUCGCUGGGGUAAGAUCCGAAUGUUGCUUCCAUACCAGCCGGACUACAAGCAGGAGCAGCUCAAAGUUCCGGGGACUGGCGUCUGUGCCAAUGGGUCCUGCAACGGUCAGCACUCGCACCAGCCCUAUCAUCCGUGGCCGGAGGAACCCGCCUCGGUGAUAUCGGAGCGCUGCACUCGAGCCCGCAUUAACUCGGCUAUCUUCGUGUCGUCCGAGGGCAAGGGCUUCGACUCGAUCGAGUUCAUCCGCCGGUAUGGGUCACAGUCGGUGCUGUGCCGGAAGGCGCGCAGUGCCGAGAAUGUGUCCGCCUCCGAACGAAAGCGCCGUUUCUCCGAGCAUCCCGAGUGGGAAUCUGAGGAGAGCAGGCAGAACUACAAGAUGAACGGCAACAAUGCCAACGGCAGCAGUCACAACCCACAUUACUUGCAGCAUCACCAGGAGCAAGACUCCAUCGAGAUGGUCGAAUGCCACAAGGAACCGGUGAUGGUGCAGGUUCAAUCACAGCAACAUCCGCAACCGAUUCUGGUGACGACUUCGAACAUCGUCGUGGGGAACACCUCGUUGGCCAAGGUCGGUGGCAAUUGUCUUGUUAACAACAAUGUGAUCGGCACCAGCAGUAGCAGCAACAGUAACGGAACGGCUACAGGAAUCUGCAGCAGCAAUGGGAGCAGCAUCGAAAGCCGAAGUUCAGCAGCCGUUUCGAUCAGUAGUGGUCCAAUUGUUAGCAAAAACAGCAACAAACCAACGCCAAGGCUUUCGAACCUGCCGACCCUAUCAGUGUCCGGACCAUCGCCACCACACGAGGAAGAAUUUUUGUUAUAAUCUCGGUAGUACCUUACACCAACACGAGCUCGACGAGAUUCGCAAAAUCUUCCUCCCUCCGACUGGCGCCAAGCACGUGUUGCAGUGUAACGAACACACACAUCAAGUUUCGAGCGAUAGAAGUUGCGUUUGGGUGCGCGUGUAUGCGUGUUAGAGACCUUUAAAUAUGACAUAGGUACGUCUGCGUAAAUUAGAGAUCUUUUGAUAUUAUAGAGAUUUUUCGCGGGAAGCGAGAAAAAAAUCAUAAUUUCACAUACGACGGUAGAAUACGAAUCGAUAUCAACUUUUCGAAAAACUGGGUAGUAUGUAAAAAAAAAUCUUAAAAAUGCUGAGUUACGAAAGUUUAAAAAUUUAUCGGAAAGUUGAUUUUUGUUCUGUCAUCGAUUUUCUCCUGUUUUUCAAUCACUGUUAGCGUAGCCAGUAUAGAAAAAACUAGCGAUAAGAAUUUUGUUCAUUGUCAAAGUCAUUUAUACGACAUUUAGAUUGGAAUCAUCGUCGAAGGAAAGAUUUUUGUACGUUCAGUCGAAUAUCACGAAACGAUUUAAUAGUUCUGAUAGUUAAGGAAUAUAAAAAAAAGUAAUGAAUCAAUGGAGAGCAAUGAGCUUUAAUUAUGAACCCAACAAUGAACAAUGCAAAGCUCCGAGCACGAAUGGUUUUAUGCAUAGAACAUACCUUCAUUGUAGUCAUAUCGACUGAUGAAUAUCGAAAGCAUUUUUAUUGUCUAUUUACGUAGUUCCAUUGAAUAGAGAAAGGAAACAAUAGGACAAACAACAUACAAAAAACGGAAAUUGGAACCAAUCUCAAUAAAGCUAAGGUAUGAAGGGUAAUUUUCAUUCAUCAACAAAAAAAAAUACAUUUUUAUCGAUCCCAAUCAAUAGGAUGCGUUAACUAUUAAUUAAAGACUCUCUCUUAACUGUACGUCAUGAGUAUGGUUUUAGAUUCUGAAAUAGGAAAUUUUUUUUUCUAUAUAGUGCGCUGGAUAUGAUUGAUUCGAAACCCUUGAAAAUAACAGAACAUGCGAUAGAAUAAUCGAUUUAAAACCGCAUUUGAUCAGUUCGAAAGAUAAUCAUUUUAAUUAAAGUUUUUCAUAGCCUAAGCAAGAACAUUUUUUAUAGUUUUCAUUUGAUAGUAGAAUAUUCAA